AAACACGCGAUCAGAGCGUGGACUAAAACUUCUCAACAAGACAGAGAACACGUGCCUCUAAGAAGAAAACAACUAUCUUAACAGGUAAUUGAUAUAAUUUGCCAUUAGCUCCUAUGAGUGGAUUGGUUCCUGCAGUAAUGGAUCUGAAGGACAGACAGCAGCGCUCACUGACACGGGGCCAGUGCAGAAAGGACCGACACUAUGCAACAUCCUCCCUGGACAGCGAGAAUUGCCAUGUAGUGUCACAGAAAUCUUAUAGCUCCAGCAAGACGCUAAAGGCCUACCAGCAUGACAGACGCCUACGUUAUGGAGGAUGUGUCGCAGAACUAGUGCACCAGGAGACAGAAGAGUAUGUCAGACAAGGGACCAGCUUCACAUUGGCUGAUCUGGGCAUGUGUGAUCCUCCUCCGUCGUCUACUGUGUAUUGCUCUGAUGUAAGCCUGCUGCAGGAUGGUUACACUCUGAGCGCUGAAUCUGAUGCUGACUCUGACCCAGAGGGGGUUAUGACCCCUGAGCGUGCCGUCCAGCUGUGGAGCGGGCAGCCCCUGAAGUCCCAACGCAGCUCUUGUCUGUCCAGCCCCAACCACUCUGUUCUCACUCUCACUGACUCAGAGAACGAACACAAGACUGAUGACGAAUCAGGUCGCCCCCUCCCUCCCACACCUUCAUCCAGCCUGCUCCCCCCAGCUCCUCCUCCCCCCUCCGCCCCCCUGAACCAGGCCGCUACCUCCAUCAGGGAGUGUCAGAUGCCCCUUUUGGACAGUGGCUCUUCCCAUGCCAUACUGGAUCACCCUCCCGAUGACGAGUUCUCCCCCAACUCCUACCUGCUCCGUGCACAGCCCCCCACCACCGGUGCAUCCAGUCAUCACAGUCAGUCUGUUCUUCGACCUCCUCUGCACCCUCCACACAACCACCACCAGUCGUCAGCUAAUUCCCUCAACCGCAACACCCAGGCCUGCCGUCGGAACCAGAGCCAUGUGUCAAAUGCGGCCCUGGCAGAUGGACCAUCCACCCCUGAGUCUGUCCAGCUCCAGGACAGUUGGGCACUCAAUAGCAGUGUCCCGCUGGAAACAAGGCACUUUCUUUUGAAGACCCCAUCUGGAAGCACUCCUCUGUUCAGCAGCUCUUCACCUGGGUAUCCUCUGACUGGUGGUACCGUCUACUCCCCCCCACCCCGACUCUUACCCAGAAACACUUUCUCCAGGAGCUCCUUCAAGCUGAAGAAGCCUUCUAAGUACUGCAGCUGGAAAUGUGCGGCUGUGUCUGCAAUCGUGGCUGCUUUGUUGCUGGCCGUCCUGCUCUCUUAUGUCAUAGCUCUUAAUCUGCUUGGCUUGAAUUGGCGGCUGAAGCCCACUGAAGGGCAUCUAGUGAACACUGGCCUUAGCAUGAGUAUACCUGGCAUCGGUGACGUGGCAACAGUGCCAUCCGGAGGCAGAGGGCCGUGGGUGCUGAAGAACAGCAGUAUAAACAGCGGGGAGCUAGAGCUGGGGCAGCGUGUCAGUCAGGACGUUCCUCCGGGCGUCUUUUGGAGGUCCCUGCUUCACCUGCGUCAGCCACACUUCCUCAAGUUUAACAUCUCCCUGGGCAAGGAUGCACUGUUUGGGGUCUACAUGCGAAAAGGCCUGCCUCCAUCACAUGCUCAGUAUGACUACAUGGAGAGGCUGGAUGGAAAAGAAAAGUGGAGCGUGAUAGAGUCUGCUCGUGAGCGACGCAGUAUUCAGACUGUAGUCCAGAACGAGGCUAUCUUUGUGCAGUAUCUAGACCCCGGCACCUGGCAUCUGGCCUUCUACAAUGAUGGCAAAGAGAAAGAGUCUGUCUCAUUCAGCACUGUGGCUCUAGACUCAGUGGAAGAGUGCCCCGAGAAUUGCCAUGGCAACGGAGAGUGCAUGUCAGGAACGUGUCAUUGCUUCCCAGGGUUCCAUGGCAUGGACUGCUCUAAAGUGGCGUGCCCUGUGCUGUGCAGCGGGAACGGACAGUACAGCAAGGGUUUGUGCAUAUGCUACAGUGGCUGGAAGGGACUGGAGUGUGACGUGCCACAGGGCCAGUGCAUCGACCCCAGUUGUGGCAGUCAUGGGACCUGCACUCAAGGCAACUGCAUCUGCGAAGCAGGUUACCGUGGGAAGUCCUGUGAGGAAGUGGAUUGUCUUGACCCCAACUGCUCUGGGCAUGGCAGUUGUGUGUCCGGGCAGUGUCACUGUAAGCUGGGUUGGUCCGGGCCUCUAUGUGAUGUGUCCAGAGCCCAGUGCCCGGAUCAGUGCAAUGGCCACGGGUCCUACAGCCCUGACACAGGCCUCUGCAGCUGUGACCCCAACUGGAUUGGCCUCGACUGCUCUACGGAGGUGUGUUUGGCAGAUUGUGGGAGCCAUGGCUUGUGUGUAGGGGGUGUUUGCCACUGUGAGGAGGGCUGGAAAGGUGCAAGCUGUGACCAGAGACUGUGUAACCCACAGUGUGUGAAACACGGGACCUGCAGGGACGGCAAGUGCCAGUGUGAGCAGGGCUGGAAUGGAGAACAUUGCACUAUCGAUGGGUGUCCAGUGCUGUGCAAUGGGAACGGGCAGUGUAUCAUGGGUCAGAACAGCUGGCACUGUGAAUGUCACACUGGCUGGAGAGGCCCAGGCUGCAGUGUUGCCAUGGAGACCUCCUGCAGCGAUAACAAGGACAAUGAAGGAGAUGGUCUGGUGGACUGCAUGGAUCCGGACUGCUGCACGCAGAGCUCUUGUCUGACCAAUUCUCUUUGCCGUGGAUCACGUGACCCGCUCCAGGUAAUUCAGCAGAGCCAAUCAGAGGUCCAGAAGGUGCCCUCCUUCUAUGACCGAAUCAAGAUGCUUGUGGGUAAAGACAGCACUCACCGCAUCCCAGGAAUCAACCCUUUUAAUGCCAGCCUGGCAUCUCUGAUUCGAGGACAGGUUUUGACCUCAGAUGGAACUCCUCUGGUGGGUGUCAAUGUUACAUUUGUGAAGUUUCCUCACUACGGUUAUACCAUGACCCGGCAAGACGGCACAUUUGAUCUGGUGGCCAACGGUGGAGGUUCUCUGGCCCUACGGUUUGAACGGGCUCCAUUUCUGAGUCAGGAGCAGUUGGUGUGGCUGCCCUGGAAUCGCUUUUAUGUCAUGGACACUCUGGUGCUGCAAACGGAGAAGAAGACCACAACCAGCUGUGACCUGAGCGGUUUUGUCAGGCCUGAUCCCAUCGUGCUGCCCUCCCCACUGUCCUCCUUCUUCAGCUCCAAUCCUUCAGAAAGACACAUCCUGCCAGAGAGCCAGGUCCUUCAUGAGCAGGUGGAGAUUCCUGGCACCAGUCUUAAACUGUGUUAUCUAAGCUCCAGGACCUCAGGCUACCUCUCGCUGCUCAAGGUGAUCAUGACCCCUGCUCUAGUGCCUCUCAGCCUGGCCAAGGUGCACCUGAUGGUGGCAGUGGAGGGCCAUCUCCUCCAGAAAUGGUUCCAUGCCUCCCCUAACCUGGCAUACACCUACACCUGGGAUAAGACUGAUGCCUACAGGCAGAGGGUCUAUGGCCAGACCGAGGCCCUGGUGUCUGUGGGGUACGAGUAUGAGACGUGUCCAAGUCAGAUUCUAUGGGAAAAGAGGACUGCUGUGCUUCAGGGGUACGAGCUCAACCCCUCAAACUUGGGCGGCUGGUCUCUAGACAAACAUCAUAUGCUGAACAUCCACAGCGGCAUACUUCAUAAGGGCAGUGGGGAGAACAUCUUCCUGUCCCAGCAGCAGCCGCCCAUAAUCAACAGUGUAAUGGGUAAUGGGCGCAGACGCAGCAUCUCUUGCCCAAGCUGCAGUGGAAUGGCUGAGGGCAACAAGUUGCUGGCACCAAUGGCUUUAGCCUGUGAUGGAGAGGGCAACCUGUAUGUGGGUGACCUAAACUUUGUGCGGAGAGUCUACCCAUCCCUCAAUACAACAGCUGUACUGGAGCUCAGAAAUAAAGAUGUGAGACACAGCAACAGUCCAAGCCACAAGUACUACUUGGCAGUGGAUCCGGUGUCAGGUUCUUUGUUCUUGUCAGACACUAACUCCCGACAGAUCUUCCAUGUGCACUCUCUGAAUGGGGCACGACCGCUGCUGGAUAACGCUCAGGUGGUGGCAGGAACAGGAGAGCAGUGUGUCCCAUUCGAUGAGGCUCGCUGUGGUGAUGGGGGCAAGGCAGUGGAGGCCACACUAAUGAGCCCAAGAGGUAUUGCAUUGGAUAAGAAUGGCCUGAUGUAUUUUGUUGAUGCUACUAUGAUACGAAAAGUGGAUCAGAAUGGCAUCAUCUCCACUCUGAUAAAGACCAAUGACCUGACUGCAGUCAGACCCCUCAGCUGUGACUCCAGCAUGGACGUCAGCCAGGUACGUCUAGAGUGGCCUACAGACCUGGCCAUCAACCCUAUGGACAACUCUCUGUAUGUGCUGGAGAACAACAUCAUCCUGCGUAUCUCUGAGAACCACCAGGUCAACAUAAUCGCAGGACGGCCCAUGCACUGCCAGGUGCCUGGCAUUGAUUACUCGCUCAGCAAGCUAGCCAUCCAUUCUGCCUUGGAAAGCGCAACAGCCAUCGCCAUCUCCUACACAGGUGUGCUAUAUAUUGCAGAAACUGAUGAGAAGCGCAUCAACCGCAUUCGACAAGUCAGCACCAGCGGCGAGAUCUCCUUGCUAGCCGGCGCAGCGUCUGAAUGCGACUGCAAGAAUGACGUCAACUGCAACUGUUUCUCAGGAGAUGAGGGCUACGCUGCAGACGCUGGCCUAAAUUGUCCUGCUUCGCUGGCUGUCUCACCAGACGGUACCCUCUACAUUGCCGACCUGAACAACAUCCGUGUGCGUUCGGUCUGCAGCAACCGCCCCAAUGCCAUGGCAAGCGGACAAUAUGAAGUGGGUUCAUCUCUGGAACAGGAGCUGUAUGUGUUUGGUUCAGAUGGCCUUCACAGACAGACGAUCAGCCUCAUCACAGGCUUGGCCUUGUAUAACUUCACUUACGGGCUGGAUGGGGAGUUAGCAGCAAUUACUGAUGCCUCUAACAAUACACUACGAGUGAGGAGGGAGGCUUCUGGGUCUAUCAGGCUUGUGCUGUUACCGGAGAACCAGGUAGUAACACUCGGCAUGGACCCAGCCGGAAGUCUACGUUCAGUGUCUGCGCUCAGCCAGGAAGUGGCACAACUCAGUUAUGCUGCUAAUAUGGAACUUUUGGCCUCUAAAUCGGAUGAAACGGGAUGGACAAACUUUUAUGACUAUGACAGUGAGGGUCGUCUAACUAACGUCACAUACCCCACUGGUGUUGUGACCAGCCUGCAUCGUGAGAUGGAGGAGACCAUCAACAUUGACAUGGAGAGCUCAAACAGAGAUGAUGAUGUCACGGUCAUCACUAAUCUUUCCUCUGUAGAGGCAUCCUACACUGUGGUUCAAGAUCAAGUUCGGAAUAACUAUCAGUUGUACCACAAUGGCACACUGCAGGUGACAUAUGCUAAUGGAAUGGGUAUUACUUUUCACACUGAGCCACACAUCCUUGCGGGGUCGGUGAGCCCUACCAUCGGGAGGUGCAAUAUCACACUUCCUACUGACAGCGGACUCAACUCCAUUGAGUGGCGCAUGAGAAAAGAGCUGACCAAGGGCAAGGUCACAGUGUUUGGCAGGAAGUUACGUGCCCACAGCAGAAAUCUACUUUCCAUUGACUAUGACCGGAACACCAGAACAGAGAAGAUCUAUGAUGACCACCGCAAGUUCACUCUGCGCAUUAUCUAUGACGCCCAGGGCCGGCCGGCUACCUGGCUGCCCAGCAGUAGCCUGGCCCUGGUCAAUGUGAGCUAUUCUCCUACAGGCCGGUUGGUGGGCUUGCAGAGAGGCAGCAUGAGUGAGAAAAGUGGGUAUGACACAUUUGGACGCAUCCUAUCGCGAACCUUUGUCGAUGGGAAAGUUUGGAGCUUCAGCUACCUGGAGAAGUCCAUGGUGUUGCUCCUGCAGCAGAGUCAGAAACAGUAUGUCUUUGAUUUUGACACAGCGGGCCGGGUCACAGCAGUCACCAUGCCAAGUAUGGCCAGACACACAAUGGCCACCCAUGUUUCUGUCGGUUACAUUCGAAACACUUACAACCCUCCUGAGAGCAAUGCCACAGUUAUUCAUGACUUCCGUGAGGACGGCCGCCCCCACGCCACAUUCUACCUCGGAACAGGCCGUCGUGUGCUGUACAAGUACGGAAAGCUGAGAAAGCUUUCUGAGGUGCUAUACGAUGCAACUUCUGUCACCUUUGGCUAUGACGAUACUACUGGGGUGCUCAAGAUGGUCAACCUGCAGAGUGGAGGUUUCUCUUGCACCAUACGCUAUCGUAAGCUUGGCCCACUAGUGGACAAACAGAUGUAUCGGUUCUCUGAGGAAGGAAUGGUUAAUGCUCGUUUUGACUACACCUACCAUGACAACAGCUUCAGGGUGGCCAGCAUAAAGCCAGUAAUAGGGGAGACCCCACUUCCAGUGGACCUGUACCGCUAUGAUGAGAUAUCCGGGAAGGUUGAGCACUUUGGCAAGUUUGGCAUCAUAUACUACGACAUCAACCAAAUCAUUACUACAGCUGUUAUGACGCUCAGUAAGCAUUUUGAUGCGCAUGGCCGCAUCAAAGAAGUGCAGUAUGAGAUCUUCCGCUCACUGAUGUAUUGGAUGACGGUGCAGUAUGACAGCAUGGGCCGUGUUAUCAAACGUGAACUGAAGAUUGGUCCCUAUGCUAAUACCACACAGUAUCGAUACGAAUAUGAUGGUGACGGCCAGCUUGUGGGCGUCAAAGUUGAUGACUGGUCUACUUGGCGCUACAGCUACGAUCUAAAUGGCAAUCUACAUUUGCUAAACCCUGGUAACAGUGCCCGUUUACUACCGCUACGCUAUGAUCUUCGAGACCGAAUCACGCGGCUUGGUGAUAUGCAGUAUCAGCUUGAUGAGGAUGGCGUGCUUGCGCAGAGGGGCACAGACUUCUUUGAGUACAACUCCAAAGGGCUUCUGGAGAGAGCCUACAGCCGUACAGGGGGAGGUUGGAGCAUUCGUUACCGCUAUGAUGGCCUGGGUCGCCGCAUCUCCCGGAGAACCAGUGAUGGCGAGCAUCAGCAGUACUUUUAUGCCGACUUGAACUACCCCACUCGGGUCACUCAUGUCUACAACCACUCCAGAUCUGAGAUCACCUCAUUCUAUUACGACCUGCAGGGCCAUCUGUUUGCUAUGGAGGUCAGUGGUGGCGAGGAAUACUACAUCGCUUCGGACAAUGUAGGCACUCCACUGGCCAUCUUUAGCAGUAAUGGGCAAAUGGUCAAGCAGCUGCAGUACACAGCGUAUGGUGAAAUCUACCAUGACUCCAACCCGGAUUUCCAACUCAUAUUGGGUUUUCAUGGAGGCCUUUAUGAUCCUCUCACCAAGCUGGUUCACUUUGCCCAGAGAGACUAUGAUGUGCUGGCAGGACGAUGGACUGCACCUGAUCAUAAUUUGUGGUCAAAGAUAGGCAAAGAGCCAGCUCCUUUCAACAUAUAUAUGUUCAAGAACAAUAAUCCACUCAGUGAUAUGAUUGAUAUUAAAAACUAUGUGACAGAUGUGAAGAGUUGGCUGGUUAUGUUUGGCUUCCAGCUCAGCAACAUCAUACCAGGGUUUCCUAGACACUCACUCUAUUUUGUUGACCCUCCCUAUGAAAUAUUCUCCAGCCUAGACUCUUAUAAUACUCAGAUUUUCACUGGAGUUCAGCAUUCAGUGGAACGACAUAACCAGGCUUUCAUGGUUCUCGAGGGGAGGCUGCUCAAUAAACAGCGGCGUGCCAAGCGGGAAAAGCCUGGCUAUUGGUUUGGCACCAGCACACCUAUCGUGGGCAAGGGAAUGAUGUUUGCUAUCAGGGAUGGCCACGUGUUAACAGACUUAGCCAGCAUAGCUAGUGAAGAUAGUCGCAAAAUUUCACAGAUUCUUAGCAAUGCUAUCUACUUGGAUGGGACUCAUUACACCAUUGAUGGCCGUGACUGCCACUUCUUUGUAAAGCUCGGACUACCAGACAGCGAUCUGCUGGCCCUGGGUCUCAGCAGUGGACACAAGACGCUAGACAGUGGAAUCAAUGUAACUGUUAGUGGACGCUCACGCCGGGGUGUCACUCUAGAGAUCCACUCUUCAAAAAUAACCCACAGUGUUCGAUAUGGACUAUCAGCAGAGGUUCUGGAAAAGGAGCGAAGCCGCAUUCUGGAGCAAGCCCACCAGAGGGCGCUGUCUGGAGCCUGGGUUAGAGAGCAGCACCAAGUACGUGAAGGCAGGGAAGGAGGUUGCAUAUGGGCUGACAAUGAAAAGCAACAGUUGUUAGCCAUGGGGAAGGUACCAGGCUAUGAAGGCUACUAUGUGCUACCGGUGGAGCAGUACCCUGAACUGGCUGACAGCAGCACAAACAUCCAGUUCCUCAAACAGAAUGAAAUAGGCAAGAGGUAACAGAGUUCUUACUGUUUCUGAUGCCAUGCGGUGUCCUACAAAGAGAGCAUAAUAGAGCGCGCUGCAAAGAGAUUGUUUAAAAACUUCAUCCAAAUGGAGAAAUUACAGCCAGCAGCCAAAACACUAUGACCCCAAAUAAAUUAAAAAAUGCACUUGCAAGGCCUUGUGACACAAGGCGAACAAUGAUUUUGUAGUGACAUUUUGACUUUAUAGAAAGUGGAGAAUAUGUUUUUGUUAUUUUAGACUGGCUGUAAAGGACAGGCAUUUGUGAUGGCAGUGUGAUGGCUCACUGCUUUGGUUUUCAUGACUGCAUAUCAAACCAUACAUUUAAAAUCACACUACAGCAGUUAAUCGCUGUGUCUCAGACCAGUAAAACAAUAACUGGAUUCCCUUUAGGAACAUAUUCAAAAGAAACUUCAGUGUCUCUACAUUUUCAGUCUCUUUUUCCACUUGAAUUUACUCAAUAGGUAUGGUGAUCUUUUAGCUAUGUAUUGUAUAAGAUUCCAAUGGCUUCACACAAGGCUGAGCUAUUCUUAAAAUCCAUGAAUUGGACGUCAACGUCGAGGUGCUGAUUGUGAGCAGUUCACACCAUCUGUACUCUUCUGUUCACAAUACAGUAUACUGUAUGACAAUCACAGGGGCUGUUCACAAAGACAAACAUUGAUCAAUAACUUUACAUGAGCCAACCAUUUUGUAUAAAGUGUGUGUGUGUGUGUGUGUGUGUGUGUGUGUGUGUGUGUGUGUGUGUGUGUGUGUGUGUGUGUGUGUGCGUGAGAGAGAGAGAGCGAGAGAGAGAGAUUAUAUUCUGUUUUCUUUUAAUUUUACUUCAACUUGGCAAGUGAUAACAUAUGAAAGAGAAAUAUAUAUUGUUUUUUAUAUUGUUUCUAUUUAAGUCUUUUAAAACUGUGAAAUACAUAUGUAAAAUAUUCUCAGUUGGACGGCUUCAAAUAAGGACAUUUCUUUGAGGAAGUGGCUUCAUUGUUACAUUAUGUGAAAACCAUCACAAGAUUCAUUGCAAAGGUCAUGUUGUAUUUAAAUAUUACUUAAAUUAAAGCAGCCUUUGACUUUUAAUUUUAUUUAUUUUCUUCAUGUGGAAUCAAUUCUGACUAAGUCAGUGUGGCUUUCAGCUUCAACUAGAGCAAAGUUGAUACAAGCUGAUACACACGCGACCUGUGGAUGGGGGUUCUUUGGAGUUCAA